CGAGGGGAGCGCGCCGCAGUGACGGGACUACAGUCCGCGUGCAGCCAGCGCGAGAACGACACCUAUAACGACGCUGAAUUCCUGGACGUGAUACGCGUUGGGUGAUAACUGACCAAGCUGCAAUUUGGAGCAAAUGAGACAAGAUUACCUCUCUAGAAGAUGCCAUCCACUUCUCAUUCACCAUGUUGGAAGGGCACUAUGGAAGGUUUUACCCCCAGUGGUUUGUUAAGGUUGUUCUAAAAAGAUCUGUAGUUUUAUCAGCAGGGUCUCUUGGAGGUAGAGGUGGUUGGUAUGUGGCCCCCUGACCUUGGCCCUCCAGAUGUGCAGCUCACUUUUCCCAGUUUUGGGAAUGUGUUUGAGGAAGCUGAGGAGCUUCAGGCGCCGGUGUCCUUUGGGGGCCUCUGCCAGCCGUCACUACAUCGAGGAGGUCUGUGCUCCCUUCCCAGGACCUCACUGGGAUGUAACCCCAAUUCCCUGCUCAGCUGUAAGACAGCAGGACCCCACUUAGAAAAGACUGUGGAGGAUUUUGUCAUUACAGGUCAAACAGACCUAAAAGCCAACAGUCAAAGCGUCAGCUGCUACCCUCAGCCCUCCCUUCCUAUUUCCUACAUGCUGACCAGUUGUGCCAAGUCUCCAUCUUUUGAAUCUUUACAUUCAUCCCUUUCCUCCUCUUCAUUAUCUACAGUUCUUACCUCACACGUGCCUUAUUCUGAGUACCAUCAUAAAGUGUCUGCACAACAGCGUAAUCUACAGGAGGAUUACUGUUCAAUUAAACAAGAACCUCUAGAUGAUUUCUCGCCGUGUCAAAGGGAGUCAUUUCAAAUAAACAAUCAGCAGGAGGAACUGUUCGGUCUUGGCCAGCAUCCUCGGGGUAGCAAUGCACAGUACAGUAGCCAGUCCCCUCUUCACUCCCCCAGCCUCAAUAGACCAUCAGGAAAAGACCUCACGUUGGACCAGCAGGAGCAGUCGUGCCAUUGGAUUGACUGCAGAGCCACCUACAGCAGCCAGGAGGAGCUGGUGAGGCACAUUGAAAAGGUGCACAUCGAUCAGCGUAAAGGGGAGGAGUUUGCAUGUUUUUGGACCGGCUGUGUCAGACGGCAUAAACCCUUCAACGCUCGCUACAAGCUUCUCAUCCACAUGAGGGUUCAUUCUGGAGAAAAACCCAAUAAAUGCAUGUUUGAAGGCUGCUCCAAGGCAUUUUCACGUCUGGAGAACCUAAAGAUCCACUUGAGGAGCCAUACAGGAGAAAAACCAUAUAUCUGCCAACACCCAGGUUGUGUAAAGGCCUUCAGCAACUCCAGUGACCGGGCCAAACACCAGCGCACCCACCUGGACACAAAGCCGUAUGCCUGUCAGAUCCCUGGAUGUACCAAACGUUACACAGACCCUAGCUCAUUAAGGAAGCAUGUCAAAGCUCAUUCUGCCAAAGGCCUGCAGGAGAGGGAGAUCAAGGCUCGUGUGCAUACCGUGUUGGAAUCAGACAUUUUGAGCGAUUGUUUGGCGAGGCAGCAUCUCCACAGUUCAGCCUGUUCCCACCAGGAAAAGAGCUCACCUCUACCAGCCUUAGAUGACUUCACAGGUGUCUACUCAAACAGAAACUCAUCCCACAGCAGUGGAAAUCAAGAUCUGUUGCCACCAUCUGGAGAUAGCUGCUCCCGUUACCCAGGCCUGGAGGGCAACUUUGAUGCUAACAGUCCAGUAUCUUCACUGACAAGCCUGGGCAGCAUGAGAGAUGGGCAAAGAUCGACACCCAUGUUUGAGUCUGCUGAGCAGCGACCAGUGAGCUCUUCCUCAAAAAGAUGUGACAUUCAGCUCCAGGGUUUCCAGAAAACCUUCAGUCAUCAGCAGUCAGUGUUCUUGCAGCACCAGCCAGAAUGUGGCUAUCAAGAGGGAAAGGUGGUUCCUCCAGUUAGCAAUGGAGGCUUUGAACCUGCCAGUUACUUCACAAACCCAUCUGCCUCUCACUCUGCAGGGUUUGACUUGCUGCAGGACAUGCAAGGCCAAGUUGAGGAUGAUUAUUCCUCAUCUCCAUGCCCAGAGGACAGCUUCCUCUUUCAGAGUGGAGGUGUGGACCGCUGCCUAAGUCAGAUCUACUCCAUCUACUUGGAUUCAUGAUGAAAAACUGAACAUAAUGUCUAUAAAGACCAAGUGAAAUGCAGCAUAAAGGAUCAUUUAUCUAUUGUACAAUAUGUGUCAUUCCAGGAUUAUUCUUCUUUAAUUGUACACAAAUAACUGGAGAGAGGGAGACUUCCGGGCAAACUGACAUGCAUGAUUGAGCAAAACAGGACAUCUGCUACCAAUAUACAGAAGUACAGUGCCUUGCGAAGGUACUCGGCCCCCUUGAACUUUUCAACCUCUUGCCACAUUUCAGGCUUCAAACAUAAAGAUAUAAAAUUC